UGAGUUGCCGUGAGAGAAGAGAGAACGGUAAUGGCUUCAGCGAGUGGUCGGGGACCUGAAAUCAGGAAGAGUACGGUGUUGAACCGGUGGGUCAUCUUCUCUUCCGCCAGAGCUCGAAGACCCUCGGAUUUCAAAUCCAAGUCUCCUGCUGCAAACCCUAACUCUACUUCAUCCCUCUGCCCUUUCUGCUUAGGGAACGAGCACCAUUGCGCGCCGGAGAUCUUCCGAAUCCCUUCAGAUGCUACGUCCGGUUGGAAGAUCAGAGUCAUUGAGAAUCUCUUCCCAGCACUCCAAAGAGAUCAACAAUUACUGUCCCAAGACCCCGACUCUGAUUCCCACAGCUGCUUUGCCCUCAGCGGAUUCGGAUUUCAUGACGUAGUUAUUGAAACUCCGAUUCAUUCCGUUCACCUGUGGGAUCUCUCGUCUAGUGGGGUUGGUGACGUCCUUCUCGCUUAUAAAAAGAGGAUCGAACAGCUCGCCUGCUAUGAAUCGAUCAAAUAUGUUCAGGUGUUUAAGAACCAUGGGGCAUCGGCUGGAGCAUCAUUGAGUCACUCUCACAGCCAGAUGGUGGCUCUUCCAAUCAUUCCUCCAACAGUAUCUAUCCGGCUUGACAGUAUGAAGGAGUGCUUUGAGAGGACGGGGAAAUGUAGUAUCUGUGAGAUUCAAUCUCAGGAGCUUCUGAUCAAUGAAUCAGACCAAUUUUUUUCGAUUGUUCCUUUUUCAGCUUCUUUUCCUUUUGAGAUUUGGAUCAUCCCCCGGGACCACUCUUCUCAUUUCCAUGAACUAGAUGAAAAUAAGGCUGUAGACCUUGGGGGACUGCUGAAGCUCAUGCUGUUGAAGCUAGCGAAGCAGUUAAAUGACCCACCAUUCAAUUUUAUGAUACAUACUUCUCCACUUCGGGUUGCACCCGAACAGUUACCAUAUAGUCAUUGGUUUUUACAAAUUGUACCUCAACUAACAGUGCUGGGGGGAUUUGAGAUUGGAAGUGGGUGCUACAUUAAUCCUGUUUUCCCUGAGGAUGCUGCAAAAGUUCUAAGGGAAGUAAAUGUUACAUUUUAAUUAUGAAGCGACACGUUUGUACCUUGUAAUGAAAAUCCAUUUCACUUGUAAAUAGAUGUCAACAAUUUAUAUCUAAGGUAUUUUGAGAUUAGAGUACUUGAAUAAUAUA